AUGAUUUUAGUACUAUUGGUAAAUCUAAUUUUGGCAACUGGUAAACUAAAGUAACAUCAUUUGAACCAUUAAGUGAUGUUUAAAAGGGAAAAUGAAGUAGUCGUUUUAGAUGCUUCAAAUUUUGAUGCAGCAUUGAUGAGAUUUGAAGUUUUAUUAGUAGAUUUCUAUGCACCAUGGUGUCCACAUUGCCAAAAAUUAAUGCCCUAAUUUGAAGAAGCUGCUAAUAUAUUAAAAUAAAGAAAAAGCAAAAUUAAUUUAGCCAAAGUUGAUUGCACUAAAGAAUCGUUUCUAUGUCAUGAAUCUGAAGUUAGAGGAUAUCCUACUCUUCGAGUUUUCUAUCAUGACAAAAGGUUUCCUUAUCUCGGUGACAGAACCUCACAUGGAAUUGUAGAUUUUAUGGAAAAGCACUUAAAGCAAGAAGAAGAAAAAGAAAAAUAAAUGUUGGGAUAUAGACAUAGACAUUAAGAAGACUUACCUUGA